GGGCGACGAGAAACGAUGUCUGGCGACCACGACAUGGUGAAGCUGAUCUCCUCGGACGGCCACACGAUUGAGGUGCCGGAGGACAUUGUCCGCAAGUCGCAGACUCUGCAGAACACUCUGGACGACCUUGCCAAGGACCAAUUGGAGAACGGCAUUCCGCUCGCCAACGUCACCCACGCCAUCCUCACCAAGGUUGUCGAGUGGUGCACCCAUCACAAGGACGACCCGCCUCCGCCCGAGGACGAUGACGCCCGCACCCGCCGCACCGACGACAUCACCCCCUGGGAUGCCGACUUUUGCAAGGUGGAGCAGACCGUGCUCUUUGAGCUCAUCCUCGCCGCCAACUACCUCGACAUCAAGGGUCUCCUCGACCUCUGCUGCAAGACCGUGGCCAACAUGAUCAAGGGCAAGUCGCCGGAGCAGAUCCGCCAGACCUUCAACAUCAAGAACGACUUUACCCCCGAGGAGGAGGAACAGGUCCGCAAGGAGAACGAGUGGUGCGAGGAGGCCGGCUCCACCGGCAAGUAACUCGCCGGCGCGAGACCGAGCCAUCUCUCCACUCUCCCAUUUCCCCUCACCCUGCUGCCUCCUGGCCGGCGACCGCGCUCAUGGUGAGCGCCCCCUCCCCCCAUCCUCCCUAACCCGCCCCAACCCGCCACAUCACCCAUUCCACACA